AUGCUUUCCUUUGACCUAUCCUUGUCCUGCUGUUUGAUUGGCUCCUUGGCAGAUUCGGGAGAGGAUCAGGACCUCAACGAUAUCAUGUCGAUUGCUGCGAGACUUCGAAAUAGGUUGAUGAAGAGCAGCUUUGAGAAGCAUGAGAGCUUUGCGAUGCUCUGCGAGCAAGGUGAGCAAAACUACAACCGGCUGAUACGACAAGGGAAAUCAGAAGAAGAGGCUUUCGACGAAGUGCUUGUGGAGAUUGUGGGGUUGUUGUCGCAGGCGGAUCGGAGGGAGGGCGAGGCUGGCGCGGAGGAGGAGCAAGACAGCAGAGAUGUCGAUGCUGCUCGCGAGAUGGCCAUUCAGACCAACGAGGAGGAGGCGAAGAAGAGAGAGAAGGAGAGGUGCUGCAAGUGCAUCAGCGGGAACAUCCUGGAGAGGGAAGUCAUGCAGGACUGCGCGUUCGAGAGCUCGCACCUGCUGAAAGAGCUCGGAAGGACUAGAUUCUUCCGGGUCUGCUGCGCCAAGAAGGUAGAAUGCUGUGAGGAGCACUGCAAGGGGCGCUUCAACGAGAGCAGUGACAUCUUCUUGUUCAAGAAAGCCGUCAGGCAGUUCCUUGAGCUCGAGCGCAAGUGUAUGAAGUGGUAUCCCUACCACUGGCUGCCCUACUUCGAGGACGUGGCAGAGCAGCUUGCAACCAUCUUCUCGAGCUGGGAGGGCACGGCAACGCAGUCGGACGAAGAGUUGUUCCGCUCCUACGUGUCGGAGGAAACCUUGACAAUGGCGUUGGACAUCAUAGACAACCUGUUCAAACAGAGCAAUGACAGCGUCACUGCGCUGCCGGAGCGAGGAGGAGCCAUUCCAGAGAUCCUGGUGGAGGCUGCGAGGAGGCAUGGCAACACGGAUAUGGCCGCUAGCUCGAUCAGCAGUAACGGAGUGGAAGUGAUUGUGCUGGACUGA